CACUAGGUUUCAUUAAGUAAACAAACCAAUGGUUGAAAUACGUGUCAGAGUGAGUAGAUCGUAAACUCACGAAGGAGACAAUGGGAUUUCUACACCAGCUGUUGUCGUAAGACUAAUAAUUAUUAACAUGCUGAGGCUUUUUAUAAUAUUCCUCGCUUUGAGUUUCAUUUUGGGCAUUAAAGAUGGACUUUUUGACACCGAAGAUGAUGAUGUGUUGCCAUUAAACAACGAAACACUACAAAAUUUAGUCAUACAGACCAAACCGAACAAUAAAGUUUGGGUUGUAGAGUUUUAUAACAGCUGGUGUGGUCAUUGUGUAAAUUUCGCACCUGUCUGGAAGAAAGUAGCUACAGAUUUGAAAGGUAAGGAACUUUUAACUAUACAUUUUAUUCUUAUAUUAAAUUAGGAUAGGGCAUUGUCGGUAUAGAUGAUAGAGUAGAUAGACAAUGGGCUCAAUGGCGAGUAGGAGGCCAGGAAGUCUGAGGAAGUGGUGUACUUAAAAUAAGACAUGACAUAAGUUGAAUGAAUACCUAGUGGCUAUUGGGACUGGGUAUCAGAAGUGAGAGGUUGGGAUUAAAAAAUAUUAAAAAUAUUAUUGUUGGCUUUGUAAUUGUAAGACAAAAUUUUGUAUCAAAUUAAAUGAAAGAUAAUUGAAUGGACUAAAUCAUCACAUAUGAUAAUAUGUUUGUAAACUUACUUCUUCAGUUUAACUAAAAUAAACUACUACAAAUGACAUAAUAGCCAUUGCAUUUAGUCUAAAGGGACCCAAGUUCAAAUAGCCUAAGUUGAAAUGAAAAAUGUAGGGGCUAAGCUGCAGGCUAAGCAAAAUAACACUAAAUGACAACUUCAUUAUAACCCUCUUGAGGGUGAGCUUUGUUGGACUUUUAGUCCCAAAAGACUGAGCCCUUUUCUGAUUUCACAUUUCUGCACUUGCUUUGAUAAAUAUUUUUUUUUAAAAUUAAGAAUUAAUUUAGUAACAUAAAACUUUAUAUUCUCGUAGGAAAUUGAAUGAAGUGUAACAUUUAGUAACAAUCUUUAUAAAUCAAACUAAAAUCUCAAAAUUUAUUGUAAAUGAGAUAUUUUGAUUUGCAUCAUAAAUAAUACAUUUUAAAUAAUUUUUUUACACCUAUAAUAAUCAUGUCUGACUUGCAGAACUUAAGUGAAUUUUCUGAUAUUUGAAGUUAGGCUUAUAUAGGUCAUAACAAAAAUGUGAAUCAAUUUGAAAAACUGCAUAAAGUAUUUAUGCUUGGAUCUCUUGGUAAAUAAAAAAAAAGAUAUAAAAUUACAGAACACCAUAAAUUAUCAACAGUAGCUGCUAUUAAAACUCAUAUACCUGUAUGAACAGGCCAGCCUAUCUCAAAGCUUGUAUAUUAUUGGGCAGAUGGUCUUUUUCACCAUUUGACUCUUGGGCCAAUAGAUCAGCCCAAUUCUCUCAAGAGGGUUAAUUAUCAUUCUUUAUUCAUAUGAUUAUUGAAUUUACUUACUAUAUAACUUACUCUGAAUACCUGUAUUAAGUUUUAGCCAAAGGGCUUACAAGUUUUACUAUAAAUUAGCAUGGAACAUCUCGGGAACAUCUAUUUUAGCCCUUUUUUUAAACAAAAUUUGUAAACCCUCACAAAUUUGUAACAUUUGGCCUACUCCCCCCCCCCCCAACUCACCACAAAUUUGAUACAUAUGUCGCACACUUUUAUCACACAUUGCCACAAAUUCUCCUCACCCCCCCCCCCAAUAAGUGAGAUCAUUUAUCAUGGAUGGCCCCUUUACAUAUUUUAUAACCUAAUAAUUGACUAUAGAUAGGCUAGCGCAAUAAGAUUUUGAGGGACAUAGUCAUAGACACAUCAAACAUGUGAAAUAAAUUUAUGUCUGACCGAGUAUAGUAAAAAAGCAAAAUGCACAUACUGUGAGCUCCCCUGUAAUGCUGAUGCUCUAGCCUCUCUACACUUGACUAGUGAAAUUUGCACAGAACAUUCUGACAUGAAAUAAGUUGAAUGUCUUAGGUAACCAUAGAUAAUAUCUCUCAUUUUUAAAAACCUCCCAGAUCAGGUAGCUUAAAGUUAAAUUGAUAUUUAAAUAAUGAACUCAUUGAAAAAAUGUUUUGUAUCUUUCCCACCAUGACAUACACCUAGGAACAAACUCGGGUGAAUCCAGGCAGGAAUUGUACCCUGUACCUAAUAAAAAGAAAUUACAGAUAAAAUGGGGAAUAUGCUAUGGUACUUUCUUUAAUUAAAAAAAAAUUUCAUAAACUAAAAAAAAAAAUAACUCUCUUUCUCUUAGUGAAAAUCAGAAAUGGAUAGUAUGUUAACUAAGAUAGUACCAGUAACUAGACUACUCUAUAGUCCAGUUAAAUUUUAAACCCAUGCCCACAUGAAACAUUUUAUAGCAACCAAAUUAAUGAGGUAAUUUUCUUUUUCAAAGUAAGCAACUCACUGUUAACAGUUUUUUUUUUAGCAAAUGAUUGAUUUCCAAGCAUAUCCUUUAACCUUCACAUUAGCUGACAACAGAAACAUGUUAAAUGUUUUUUUUUAAUAGGAUGUCUCUAAGAUAUUCUGAUGUGCAUUCAAAUUGAAUUUCAUUUAGUUUUAUUUUUUAAAUUUACAUCCAUUGGCAUAAGAAAUAACUGUUUUAUUAGUCAUUUAUUAAAGAUUUCAUUCUAGCAAUAAAUUUUUCUUUUUUUUUAAUGACCAUUUUAUGAUUAGCAUACAUUGGAGUGGGGAAAAACAUUUUUUUUUUACUUGCUGCAACAUUUUAAGUAACCUCCAAAUAAGCCAAUAUGAACACAUUUUUUAAUCUGGAAAAACAAGUUACAAAUAAAUGUGUAUAAAAAUUAAUAGCUGUAGCUUGUCCAUUUUUUGUAAUUAAUUGCUUUCAUUAUAUGAAUUUAUAAAACCAUUUUGUUUUAUGUUAUUUUUAAAAAUAAGAUGUAAUAUUACUCCCCCCCCCCAUUUGAACAUCCGUUUUGUUUCAGAGUGGCGUGACAUAAUAGGAAUUGCAGCUUUAGACUGUUCACAGAAAGUUAAUCUCGAGGCAUGCAGGGAUUUUGAAGUGGAAUAUUAUCCAACAAUAAAGGUAGUUUUUACUUUAAACCAAAAUAUCAUCACUGUUUUAUAGAUUUAAAGCAAUAGUUGUGUUCUAUGUACCUUUGAUGAAAUAAAUAUAAUAUUAUAUGUAAUUAUCUUAAAAUAUUCUGAAAAUGAAAUUAAUUAUGCAAUUGUUAUAGCAAAUUUAGCUUUCUCUUCUUUCCCUUCAGAUUUUCCCACCUGUUUACAGUUCAAAGCGAGCUAAGAGUGGAAUAGAACUUAAAGCUCGGGAACUAAUUGGUAUUAAAACCAAAUUAUUUGAGGUCCUGGCAAACAACCCCACAGAUUCAUGGCCAAAUCUUAAACCUUUAGCGUAAGUUUGGCUUGUAACAUAAAAUAGUUUCUAAGCUUAUUUUGUCUGGAAAAUAAACAAAUACAAAAUCUUAUAUUUUUAUACUUUAAAAAACUUUUUGAGUUUAAAAUCCUAAUCAUAUAGGUGGGAAAGUUACAUUUUUAAUAACUUGCUAUAGUUUGUUUUUUGGUGAGGAAAGAAAUUUUUGCAUGUAUAUUUAAUGAUAAACCAAAUAUCUCUUACAGUAAUAUUGAAGAUAUUUGGCAGGAGAAAAAAGACUCCCACAAGCAUGUCUUACUUAUAUUUGAGGAGGCUGAUUCAAUCCUAGGAAAAGAAGUGAGUUGCAUAUAUAUAUGUUAUGCCUUUUAAGAAAGAAUCUAUUAAAUUUGAAGAAAAGAGAUGUUAAUUGAAAUGACUUUACAGUUUAAAAUAUUAAAAUUGUAGGCUUGAUUUUUUUUUUAGGGGGUUUUUUGGGGGCCAUGUUUACUUUCACCGGAAAUGUUUGGUCAAGCUGUGAAGCUUGUUUUUUUUUAUGGAGAAUCAACUGUUUUCCCAGUCAUCAAGCAGUCCCAGCUCUCAUGCAGCCGGUGAUCUUAACCUAAAAGUAAAUAUAAUAUUAUUGAUAUUUAAAAUUGUAUCAUCAAAAAGACAUUCGUAAAAUCUUCGUGCAGGUUAUGCUAGAUGUGAAAAGUCUGAACAAUGUGUUGCUCAGAACUAUGGUGAAGGAUUCUGUGACCAAGUAUGGGAUAAAUAAAUUUCCAAGCCUAUAUAAGGUCAACCAGGACUCCACGUACACAGUUUUGGCAGUGUAAGUAAAAUAGGAAUAACUGCUACUUUAUACUAGAAAUAGAAUGCUAAUGUAAGUCUCAGGACAACUGCUACUUUACUAUAGACUAGAAAAAGAAAGCUAGUGUAAGUCUCAGGACAACUGCUAAUUUAUUAUAUUUCUAGUACUAGAAAUAGAGUUAUAAGGUAAGUCUCGGGACAACUGCUAAUUUAUUAUAUUUCUAGUACUAGAAAUAGAGUUAUAAGGUAAGUCUCGGGACAACUGCUACUGUACUAUAUACACAAUGGUUACAAGGGUUUUUAUUUUAUUUGGGAAGUAAUUUGACAGAACUAAUGGUAAUAGAAUAUUUUGGAAUACGGAGCAACUUAAUGUUUGGCUCAACCUGGAAAGCAAAUUUUCAAGUUGGUGAGCGUAAGAUAAUUCAACGAAAGCUCUUCCCCCCUCCCCCUUUUGAUCCAAUGAACUUCGAACAGACUUUUGGUUUUGUUGUUUAUGUUUAAAAUUUAAAACAUAUUUUUUCUUGUCCCAAAAUGACCUUUUCAAAUUCUUCCAGGGGUAUUAAGAGCAAUGAUGAAGAUCGUAAGCUGUUUGCUAAGGUAAUCCAAGGGCUUUCAGGGGGAGCCAAACUGAAGCAGCCAACUGGAGGAAGUCAGUCUAAGUUGCAAGAGGUUGAAGGUCAAAGGGAUGGUCCUUUUCCUAAAACUAACAGGUGAAAAGUUUAGUUAAUUUAAAAAAAUGGUAAUAAUUUAUAAUGGCAUUUUUUGUUGAUACAAUAAUGUCACUGUUGUUUUUUUUUUUAAAUAGUUUUGAAAAGUUACAUAAUCCCUAAAACUCUAACAAAGAAUUGUUUUUAUUUUUUCAAUUCUCAGUUCAAAGGUCAGCAUGCAAGAUUUGGAGUCGGCCAUUCACUACAGUCUUAGGCAGGAAGUGGCUAUAAAAAAAUCCAUUGAUAAGGAUAGGCUGUCUGCACUUAAGGAGUUUGUCCAUGUCCUAGAAAAGGUAUGUUAAUGUGGCCUAUUUUGUUCAUGUCUUGAUAAAGUUGUAUUAAUAUUUUUUGUCACUUGAUAAAGUUAUAUUAAUAUGUUUUGCUGGUAGAUCUACCGACUGCCUAACUAUUCCCUCGAAGCUGAAUGUUAUAUAAUUUCUAACACUUGCAAUUUUCUUGCUAUUUAAGUAUCUUCCUGGUAGGGAGCCUGUCUUGAAAUUUUUAAACAAAGUCUACAACAUGCUUAACACCCAUGAGGCCAAAAACAUGUCAGGAGAAGAGUGGAUGAAUAAACUGGACAGCAUUCAAGUAAGAUUUAUUACAAUUGAUACUCAGUACACCGUGACACUAAUCCAUGUCCACCGUGACACUAAUCCAUGUCUACCGUGACACAAAUCCAUGUCCACCGUGACACUAAUCCAUGUCUACCAUGACACUAAUCCAUGUCUACCGUGACACUAAUCCAUGUCCACCGUGACACUAAUCCAUGUCUACCGUGACACAAAUCCAUGUCCACCGUGACACUAAUCCAUGUCUACCAUGACACUAAUCCAUGUCUACCGUGACACUAAUCCAUGUCCACCAUGAUACUAAUCCAUUUCCACCAUGACACUAAUCCAUGUCCACCAUGACAAAAAUAAAUGUUCACCGUGACACAAAUCCAUGUCCUCUGUGACACUAAUCCAUGUCCACCAUGACACUAAUCCAUGUCCACCAUGACAAAAAUAAAUGUUCACCAUGACACAAAUCUAUGUUCACCAUGACUCAAAUCUAUGUUCACCAUGACACAAAUCCAUGUCCUCUGUGACACUAAUCCAUGUCCACCAUGACACUAAUCCAUGUCCACCAUGACAAAAAUAAAUGUUCACCAUGACACAAAUCUAUGUUCACCAUGACACAAAUCUAUGUUCACCAUGACACAAAUCCAUGCCCACCGUGACACAAAUCCAUGUCCACCGUGACACAAAUCCAUGUCCACUGUGACACAAAUCCAUAUCCAUUGUGACACAAAUCCAUGUCCAUCAUGCCACAAAUCCAUGUCCACCAUGACACAAAUCCAUAUCAUUUUAUUUUUUGCAGAAUAAGCAGACACACUUUUGUUCUAAAUCUAAUUUUGAUCAGUGUUUGUUGAACUUGCCCACGCCCUGGGCUCUUGCAUGUGGCGCUCCUUCAGAACCUGUGACAAUGUCUGUGGUACUGAUGUCAAGAAGAGAUGCUUGAAAUGUCUUAUCGUUGUACAUAUAAAAAAAGUGCAUGUAGACUCAAAAUGGAUUGUUGCGCCGGUACUAUAAGUGAACAGAAAUUCUUUGUGAGAAGUUCUCUCAUGACCACACAAUACAGCCGUUCAGUGUAUCUCAUGACCACACAAUACAGCUGUUCAGUGUAUCUCAUGACCACACAAUACAGCUGUUCAGUGUAUCUCAUGACCACACAACACAGCUGUUCAGUGUGUCUCAUGACCACACAAUACAGCUGUUCAGUGUAUUUCAUUACCACACAACACAGCUGUUCAGUACAUCUCAUGACCACACAACACAGCUGUUCAGUGUAGAUGUUUGUGAUUCAGUUAUUGAUCAAAAUUAAGCUCCUCUUUUUUUCAAUUAAUUUGUUAGAAUAAAUGUUGGUGUUAUCAAGGUGUAAGAAUCCCUGAGAGUCUGUGUUGUGCCUGAAUGCGUAUCGGAUUAUAGGCUUAGGAAUACCAUAAAGGAAUUGGAUACUAAAAGGGUUAUUACGGUAGUAGUGGUCAGUUGGUCAGUAGAGAAGGGGAGAGCGAGUGGGUAGGAUGCUGACCGGAUCAGUGUAGAAGGUAGUAGAAUAAAAGCUCAUUAAUAAUAACGGCAAAGAACUUUGUGUCAAGUCUUUGUGUACAGUGACAGUGUGUUUAAAUUAUUUGCCCUAGACAACGGAGUCAUGCGAACUAAAUUUGUGACAGGUGUCCUUAUCAUAUAUCAUUAUAAAUAAUACUGAGACAAUGUGGGUUCAAAUAGCGACUGAUUUUAAUAUUGACAUUUGCAAUAAUAAAUAUGUUUCACAAAAUAUGAAGAUACUUGGAAUUAUAUAACACGAAUUUCAGUUGCUAUUAAACUUCUACAUAACAUAAUCUUCUUUUGCUUGAUAAUGUUAUCAACAAAAUCUCGACAAUGUCAACGGUCUCUGUUCAUUCUGCCAUUCUUCUCUCCAUUCCAAAACAAACUCCUUUAUUCAACCAACACUCUGAAUGGCCUGUUCCUCCCAAGUCCCAACACUGUCACACAAGAAAUAUUAACCACAUUACUUGUUCACAUAUACAUGUCUGUGACAGUAGGCUAAGAAUGUAACAUUUAAUUGUACCGGUGUUAAGAAUCAAUAUUCCUUAUUUGAAUUGUUUCUCUCUGAUGUUGUAGAGUAAAGACAGUUUCUUACCUGAGGUGGUUAGAUGGGAGUCAUGUGAAGGCAGCUCUCCCCAGUACCGUGGCUAUCCAUGUGGUAUGUGGACAUUAUUUCAUGUCCUGACUGUUGAGGCCUUCCACCAGAACUCUGGCAACAGUAAGUCAACGUCACAUCUUGCUUUAUACCACAUGUUGUGAACUAGAUUGUUGUGAAAUUCGGUAGGGGGAGUUGUUGAUCGUGAGAGUGUUUUUGUGAGUUUUAAGCCGUGAGGUCAGAUCGCAAAGUUGGUUCGUGGUGUUGCACUUUAGGGUAUGCUGAGUGGUUUUUUUUUCCAUUGACUAAAUUUCUUUCAAAGAAAUUUCUGGUAACCAACAAAGAUAUCUUGUGGCUUGAAAGAAAACAGGAAUAUCUAAAGAAAGCCUAUAGAUAUCUUGUUCCACCAAUUAUUUACUUCAAUGGCUUGAACACAGUCCCCCACAUAUAUCAUCGUAUAUCACAUUUAGCUUUAUAAAGUUUGUUUGCACCAUAUUUUUCAGGAAAAGACAACCCUCAAGAAGUGUUACUUGCUGUCAAGGGCUACAUGGAAUACUUCUUUGGCUGUUCAGAAUGUUCCAGAAAUUUUCUCUCCAUGGCUGCAACCAUUGCAGAUGAAGUGAAAUCCCAUAAAGAUUCGGUCCUCUGGCUGUGGAGCGCGCACAACAAAGCCAACAAGAGACUCCAGGGCGAUGCAUCAGAAGAUCCUGAUCAUCCAAAAGUUCAUUUCCCCCCCGAGCACCUGUGUCAACUCUGUAAUAAAAUGAUAAAAUCGGAUCAAGGAAUGUCCCUGUCCUGGGACGUAGACAAGGUGCUGGAGUUUCUGCUGCAGUUUUACUCUGAAAAAAACAUUGUCUUCUCCAUCAACCUUCUUGGUGCCCAAGAAGUGUUUCGGGAAACCGGCCUAGAUGUCAGGACACUGACCCACCACAAGGUGCUGGAUUGGUGGGAGAAGAAACAAAAUAAGGAUGACCUGAAGCAGGUGAGGCUGUUGGAAGUGUGGAAACUAGAGAAGCGACGGCAUCACAUGAGUGUAGAGGGAAACGGAUCCAACAUGAAGUCGGUCAGUUUCGGCAGUAAUUUUCUCACUGGCUGGGGGCUGACCCAGCUCGACUUGAGUAUGUGUAUAAUAUUUUACGUCAUGAGCACGCUCAUCAUACUCUUCCUGUACUAUCAUUUCAUAUCCAGGAGGAAGCUGUGCUCGUUUAAAUUGUCCAAAAAUAUAGCGUAGCAGAGGGACGACAGUGCGGCUUACGUGAUGAUAGCUAAUUUAUUGUAAGUGGAUAAGGUAUAAUAUGCCAGCUUUGUCAAUUUUUUGCUUUCAGCCUAAUCAUCAAGUUAUAAAUGAUGAAAAUGAAAGUCUUUCUCAUCUGGUAAAUGAAUUAAAUUUCCUGCACAACCAAUUUUGAUCUAAUUUUUAAAACGUAAAAAAAAA